UGUCAAAUUUGCAAACAAAGGUGCAAGUAUGCCGAAAUAAUAAACAAUCUGCGCGUUUCACAUACAAUAAUGCAUCUGGGAGCCAUAAAGCUGGCUCAAAAACAAAAGGAGGCUAAGCUUGCCGCCUCCUUUCCAAAAGGGAUCCGUUGCCAGAAAUGUUUGGAAUUUGGCCAUUGGAGCUACGAGUGUAAAGGCAAGCGAAAAUAUGUUCAUCGCUCCUCGCGAACACAGGUGCUGAAAAAGAAUCUCAACAAAAUGGAAAACAAAAACAGCCCCGCCAUUCCCAAACCUGACACCGCCGCCGCAAAGGAACAAAAAACCGGUUCAUCGUCCUCCGACAGUUCAGACAGUUCAAGCGACAGUAGUUCUAGCUCGGAUUCGGAUUCUUCGGGAUCGUCGUCGGAUUCGGAUACGAGUGACAGCGAGAGCAGUUCCAGCAGCAGCAGCAGUAGCAGUAGCAGUUCCAGUGGUAGCGACUCGGAUUCGUCCAGUUCGUCCGACAGUGACGCCAAGGAGAAGCCGAAAAAGCGUAAGAAAACCUAAAUGUUACAUUAUUCUAGUAUUUAAUUACAAACAUAAUCCUAACUUAAUGCGGAAGUGCAGCCUAUAUUUGUAAUUUUUAACUGAUAUUUUGUUCAACCUUGCAAGAACCAGUGAGAAGUUACGAUCUGGUUCAUGAAGUUUGUUCUGCUUGAUUAUAUG